AUGUCCAUGGGAAGAGGCAGAGCAGCUGUUCCAGCAGCAUUGGUGCUUUGCUUGGUGCUGCUGCUGCAUAAUCAAGUGGCUGAAGCUGCUGUCUACAAGGUCGGAGGCGCCGGUGGAUGGAACUUUAACACAAUUCGCUGGCCCGAUGCUAAACACUUUAAAGCCGGCGAUGUACUAGUGUUCAAGUACAACCCAUCGCUCCACAAUGUGGUGAAGGUAAACAAACGGGGUUAUCGGAGUUGUGUUACCCCACGAGGUGCCAAAGUAUAUCAAACCGGAAACGACAGAAUCACACUUGCUAGAGGCCGUAACUUCUUCAUAUGCAACUUUCCUGGACACUGUGAAGCUCAAAUGAAGAUAGCCAUUACCGCGACUUAA